CCAGAAACCCAACCAGGCUGGCAGACAGUUGUUACCAUGCAACGAGCAGACGCUUGCGAAAAGUACGAGCUACAAAAUUGGCAAAAUUGGCUGCUGCAAACCAUCUUUCUUCUAUUACAUAGCGCGCUUGUGUAUGUUGCUAGUUAAGCUAACGUUAGCUUCCUAUUUAGCUAAUAAUAAUAUUUAUUAAGCCACCAACUGCAGCAUAGCUAGCUAACCUAGCUAGCAAGCAUCAAUACAUAAAGUUCCCAACGUAACAACAUGGCAGACGGCUGGAGCACCGACACCGGAGAGGCUGUCUAUCGUUCCCGGGAUGCUGUCAAAAACCUUAAAAUUAAGAUCCGUAUUCAGAGAGUCACCUCCACAGCAGCCCUCUCCCAACACCUUCAGCAGCAGGUUUUGACUCAACCGGAGAGGGGAGGCAUUGAGCUGGACACCCUCAACUCACAGGCUCAAUCAGCCGGAGAUGAUGAUGAGGAGUUAGUGGUAGGCUGGCAGGAGAAGCUGUUCAGUCAGUAUGAAGUGGAUUUGUUCCAGAGUGAGUCAGUAUGCCAGACUCCACUGGAGAGACAAUACCACACAGAGAUCAUGGCUCAGGAGCGGACCAGGGGCAGACGGAACCGCAGGAUUUUUACCUACACCGAUUUUGACCGCUUCACCAAUUGGGAAGGGCAUUCCCAGAGUAUGGUGACGCAGGUCAAGUCCAACCCUACUUUCCUGGCAGAAAGGAUGGCCAAUGUCAGACACAGACGACAGGACAGACGCCCAGUUGACAGCACCGUCCCCAAGUCCAGGCUGAUUACCUGGGACCCCUCGGAGGACUUUGUGAAGACCAGCCACGUGGUCAACACACCUGUACAGACCAUGCACAUCAUGGGGGACCUGGGACCACCGGGGAAACUUGGCCAAAAGGAGAAGGAAUGCUUGUUGUGCACGAUAAGAGCAGAUGGAAAUGGAGUGGUUACCAUCAAACCAGACUUCAACAAAGCCAAGGAGCCCUACAGAGUUGAGACUGAGGGGGAGAAGAGGGAGGUGUGGCGUCUAACCCUGGAGAACGUGUCAGAAGGCAUCAGACCAGAGGAGAAGGAACGGGAACAGCGCAUGUAUAAAGAUCUUUAUGUACGUCAUAAAGACUAUCUCAACAGCUUGGUUGGCCAGGACUUUGAAAUGCCACCCCCUGGAAUUCUGCGUCUGUUGGUGAAUGGAGAAAUAGACUCAGCCAAAGGCUUUGAAUAUGACAACUUAUACGUCCACUUUUUCCUGGAGCUGCCCCACAAUUGGUCCACUCUGCCAUUCCACUCUCUCUCUGGCGUGACUCAGACAUGUCGCACAAAGACCAUAGGAAAGGACGACGUGGCUUUCUUCAGCUACCCAUUCAGCUUUGAGUCAUUCUUCAGGAGAGAGGAUGAGACAGAGGAAUCCCUCCCCCAAUGGCCAGUUCUGUACUUCAAAGUCCUCUCCCUGGACUUCUGGCAGCGCUACAGAAAUGAAGGCUAUGGCUACCUGGUCAUUCCUUCCACCCCUGGGAAGCAUACAAUAACUUGUCAUACGUGGAGACCGCUCCAGACGGGAACAGUGUCAGAACUGAGACGCUUCUUCAUUGGUGGAUCCCCUGAGCUGGAGGACUACAGUUACGUCAGAGUCCCAGGAACCUUCAAGGGAGAGCGGCUGAGUCGCUUUGGCUUCCGCACACAGACCACAGGCAGCGUCACCUUCAACCUCCAUUGUAUCCAGCACGCCAGGGCAUUUGUUGAUGCCAGCACCCUGAAGAAGAGGAGGCAGAGUGUUCUGGACCAGCUGGGAGGCUUCAGUCAGCAAGGUUCUGUCUAUAAUGUCCUGGAGGCAUUCCAGAGGGCCAGGAGACGGAUGCAGGAGGCCAGAGAGAGUCUUCCCAGAGACCUCAUAAACACUACAGCCCAACAAAACUCUGAGUCCACUGCAUAGACACGUACAUGGUUUACAUACAGUAGGCAGCACAGCAUUCACCUGUAAGAAAAUGCUGAGGAAAUUCCAUCUCCCUGUUCAACAGCCGUCUGUUUAUGUUCUGUAAUAUUGUAAUUAUUACUAUGCAUGUACACCUGUAUAGACUGAAUAUAUCAAACAUUAGGAACACCUUGGACCACCACCCUUUUUUACUGAGACAGCCUAAAUCCGUCUGGGCAUGGACUCUAUAAGCUGUUGAAAGCAUUUCACAGGGAUGCUGGCCCAUGUUGACUCCAAUGCUUCCCUCAGUUGUGUCAAGAUGGCUGGAUUUAAUUUGGAUGGUGGACCAUUCUUAAUAC